AUGAAGAAGAAGAACUUUUUCACGAUUCAAACUCUUUGUUUGGCUCUUCUUGUUUUCAAGUUAUGCUUUUAUUAUACAGGUAUGUCCUUACAAUAAUUCUUCAUAAAAUCUCAAUAUUUUUCAGUAAUACAAGAGCAAGUUUCUUCAUUGAUUCGAAAUGAUCAUCCAAUGAUUUAUUCUACAAAUGAUGUAUAUCUAUUUGAUCUUUGUUAUACUACAGUAACUUGUAUUUCCUGUCUUUGUACAAUGGUUUUGGUGGCUCUUAUAGCUUUGAAAAACUUGACAUUUCGAAAAUCAUUUUUGAUUUUUUCACUUGCUUUCAAGCUUUGCUUUGUUUUACCCGUAAAUUUGUCUGGUUAGUUUUCUUUCGUUUAAUUUUGAUCUCAUGGAAAUAUUACAGGUUUGUAUAUUGCAUUUGAAUCAAAUGAAUUGACUACAAGUGAUAGGAUUCAAAAUGAAUUCCAAAAUGGAAAUAGUUCAGUACUUGCAAAUACAAUUCGUUCCACAUUUUGCUGUUGUGAUUUACAGUCUGUUGUAUUUGUUAAUCGAACUGAAAUAAACAAUGAGAACAGUACUUAUUUCGAGGAUAACCCAGAUGUUUGCAUUCUCAAAAAGUGUCCAAAAAAGGAUUAUUUUUCUCCGUGCGAUGAAAAGAUUUUCAGUAUGUUCAGACGAAAAACAUUGGUAAGAUUCAAACACAAAUCAAAAAAAUAUAAAUCGUAUUUUUUAAAAAGAUAUUUUCGAUCAUUGGUGUGGUUUGCUCAUUGAUUUUCAUUAUUGUUGCUCCACUUUUAUAUUCUCGAUAUGAAAAAGAUCGUCGUGUUGCAAGAUCUUUGUAUAUUCGAGAAUGGAGAUCGAAACUGGGGAGACGUAUUAAUGGAAAACUGAAUGUUAUUGAAGAAACUACGCCACUGUUGUCUUCUUCAUCAAAACAUAAGAAAGUCACUGCUUCGCCAAGCACAGCAGAUUCAACAAAAUCAAAAAAUGAGGAUAGCAAAAAAUGA